AUACCUACCCCCCAUUAUCUAUCCCGCGACAAUGACCGACCCCGACGCGGCCCUCAACAACUUCCCCCAAGACCCCUCCGACUUCGACUCCGACCCGCGCAUAUCCUUCUCCAAGCUCGACGACAAGUACAUCCUCGAAACAGACGACGGGAACGAAUUUGAGUGGAAUUCGGUGUUGAAGAGGUGGAUUCAGACGCUCGACGAAGACCUCCUCCGCAAACAACAAGAAGCGUAUAAAGUCGAAGGCGUGGAUGAAAAUGAGCAGAUUACAGCGCAGCAGUUGAAGAAGAAGCGGAAACAGCAGGCUGUCGAUGACGAACCCCAAAAACCCAAAAAACAGCGCACCAACACUGCCAUCUACAUAACCUCCCUCCCCCUCGACGCCACUUUUGCCGAAAUCCGCGACCUCUUUACAAAAUGCGGCGUCAUCGCCGAAGAAAUCGACAGCGGCCGCGAACGCAUCAAAAUGUACACCGACGACAACGGGGCCUUCAAGGGUGAAGCACUAGUUGUAUAUUUCAGACCUGAGUCUGUGAACCUUGCGAUACAGAUGCUUGAUGAUUCGGAUUUUCGAAUCGGGCAGACGGGGCCGACGGGAGCGAUGAGGGUGCAGGCUGCGGAUUUCUCGUUUAAGAGUCAGCGCGAGGCGCCGGUGCAGAGUAAUAAUAGGGAUAAGAAGAAGAUUAUUGCGAGGACACAGAAGUUGAAUAGUAAACUGGCGGACUGGGACGACGAUGACCCCUCGAUAAUGGCGAACACGAGCUCGAAGUUGGAAAAAGUUGUUAUUCUGAAACAUAUGUUCACAAUGGAUGAAAUCAAGGAGGACCCCACCGCCAUCCUUGACAUCAAACAAGACAUCCGCGAUGAAUGCUCCAAACUCGGCGAAAUAACCAACGUGGUUCUCUAUGACAAGGAACCAGAGGGCGUUGUCAGCGUGCGCUUUCAAGAGCCGGAAGCUGCCAGGGCUUGUAUUCAGGUAAUGGACGGCCGCUACUUCGCCGGCACCCGCGUCGAAGCAUACGUCUCGUCCGGAAAAGAAAAGUUCAAAAAGACUAACGAGAAACGUGAGGCACUCGAGGACAUGGCUGAACGCGGCAUCGAUGCGGAGGAUGAAGAGGAGGAGUCCCGACUGGAUGAAUUCGGGACGUGGUUGGAGAGUUCGCGUGUUGUUGAGAAUACGGCCAAGUAGCUUUCAAACCGGUGGAUUGUAUUAUAGAACAAUUGUAUCCUUAAUGUGAAGAUCACUAGAGUCUACAAGGCAAAAAAACCCAGUAAGUCGUG